GUGGGUGUUUUCAGCAGUUGUGAUGCGACAGACACAUGGAAUUGGACUGCACAAGGAUCACUGCAGUACAAAAAGAAAAUGUGUCUUAAGCCUGAAACUCGAGGGGUGAAUCGUGAAUGGCUCGUGCUUGACUCAGUUUGUGAUGAGCGACAAAACGUCUUCGAGUUUGUGCCCAGUAAGUAUCUCUCAGUGCUUUAUAUAACUGGACUAUCUCACGUGAAUUGUCAAAGGGAAAAGUAAAAGGUGAUGGCAAUCUGUGUGCCAUUUACAUGCCAAAGGAAAGCGGUUGUGAGUCACAUACUUUUAACUAACUUUGUAUAUUUUGGAAACUGUAUCAAUUUUAAAGUGUUCUUCCUAGAGGUCCAGUAAGGAUCAUCUCUUAUUGAUCCAGUGUUACUACAGGAGGAAACCUAAACUAUACUAACUUUAUUUAUGUUAACUUUUUUUACCUUUUAUUCGUCCACUUCUAUAAACUGUUCGUUGUUUGAACAAAUGUUCAGUGUUACUACCGAGCACACGAGAAAACCUGCACUGUUUGGUAGAGUCAAACCAACGAUGGAUAGUGCAUGUUUUUAUGAUUCAUGAUCAAACAGAAGCACUCUUCUCACAUUGGAACUAAGAGAAAUUAAAAUCCAACAACUGCUUAUUGCAGGAAGAAUUCACGUGCACCAAACACUGUGCUGCUAACACUAUACACUUAGCUUCACUUUUCCGUAGGCUCUCUUAAAUCUACUCUCUCUAGGUUUUCAUGCUUAACCAACAUCACGUUUCAUCACAUGCACCAAACACGUGCCGCUGACACUAUACACUCGGCUUCACUUUCCUGCAGGCUCCUUUAAAUCUACUCCCUGCAGCUUUUCAGGUUUAACCAACAUCACGUUUAUCAUUUCAGCAUCUGGUUGGUAUUUAUACAUCGAAGCCUCGUCACCAAGGCGACCGAACGACAAAGCUCGAUUGAUCUCACCAUCGACAGCAGAAACCAAAUCAUGUCUCCUCUUUUUUUACCACAUGUACGGCCAUGACGUGGGUAAACUUCAG